AUUAAGUUCACUGCCAGUUUUCGAAGAAGUUGUGAGGUGCACCAAGCUUGGCGCAGGUUAUUCCUUGCGAAUCGCUUCGGGUCGGGCAAAGACCUGCGCCAGUCACAAACUCCGUGCCUGAUUUUUUGCAGGAAAAAAGCGUAUUCGAGUCAUGUUGUCCCGAUUCAACCAUGAAUCACAUUGAUCCGUCAACGCGGUUGUUUCCUCUUUACGAUGAAAAAGUACUGCGCGGUCAAGCAAACAAGAUCGCAUGGUGUCCUACGACCGAUCUCGCGGUGAUUGCAUUUCAGGACCAUGUUGCGCUCUACCGCGGUGGCGUCACCAAAAUAUGGUCCAUGGCCAUUCCCGAGUAUACUACUAUUACGUCGCUGGUGUGGAAACCAAACGGCAAGGAAUUUGCCAUGGGAUGCGGGGAUGGAACGGUGUACAAGGUGGCUGUUUCUUGGGCUGAACCACGCUCGGUCGUUUGCUGGCCUCCAACGAAAAACGCACAAGCUGCUGCUAUCACUUGUUUGCUUUGGGUUCCUUACACGCGAGAAAAAACCGUCAAUGCCAACAACACCUUUGAUCCCUUAACUGGGCGUCUUGUAUCGGCCAUACCGGCUUUAAGUAUGGUACCUCCGGAUGAACCAGCACCACUGCUACCUCGGAGAACAAAGAAAACGCCCUUGCCGCAUGAACCUACCAAUGACGGCGAGGAACAGACGUUAUUACUCAUAGGCGACGCGAACGGUCAUCUUUACUUGAGCUUGAACGGUAUUUAUCAUAUCGGUACGGUUCCUCUUUUACAGCGGUUCGUCGCAUCGAUGUGUUGGGAGACAUGGACGCGAUUCAGGUGCUGGUAGACACGACGGAAAUCGAUUCAGAGCAACGGUUCUACGUUAUGAUCGUGGACAGCAGUAUGCUUCAGGAACGGAUGGCGGAAUUGUGCAAUAUUGCUACAGCGCAAAUUCACAUCGAUUUCUUGCUUCGAUAUAUGGAUCACUGCGCUGCCAUAAUGGAAAAACAUCACGAAGCGUACACAAAAUCAGCUCACAAACAUGCCGAGAAUGUUUCAAACGUUUUUCGUGAUUUCAAUGAACGUACGGACCCUCUGCCAGGCAUCGAAAUACU